CAUAAGCGCGAGCCGUUGGUUUCGAUGCACUCAUGGGUUCACGAUAAGACCGUGAACCCCAAGCGCAGGUUAUAUAUUAUCCGUCCAAAGAGAAUAAUACGAAUAAAAAAUCCAGCAUGCAAGGAGCUUCGUUGCUCAACUCCUCUGUUCUUCUUCCUUCAAAGCAUACUUCUCUUAUUUUUCCUCUCUCCCUUUCAAAUUCUACUAUAUCUUUUCCCUCCAAAACCCUAAAAUCCCCAAAACCCCUCAAAACCCUAGCUAAUGUUUCUGCGGACCAGCUGACUACAACAUCUCCUCUCCCUGCAUCUUCUUCUUCGAUCGAUUCCGCUUCGGAUGUCGUCCGAAAGUUCUAUGAUGGAAUCAACGGCCGCGAUCUCGCCUCCGUCGAUUUUCUCAUCGCAGAAAACUGCGUAUACGAGGACCUGAUCUUCUCUCGACCAUUCGUCGGACGCAAGGCAAUUCUCGAGUUUUUCCAGAAGUUCAUAGAUUCCAUCAGUGCAGACCUGCAAUUUGCUAUUGAUGACAUAUCUAGCGAAGAUUCAUUGGCUGUUGGGGUUACGUGGCACUUGGACUGGAAGGGAAGGCCUUUUCCAUUUAGCAAGGGAUGCAGCUUUUAUCGCCUGGAGGUGGUUAAUGGGAAGAGACAGAUAAUUUAUGGACGAGACAGUGUGGAACCUGCUAUUAAGCCUGGGGAGUUGGCUUUGGUGAUUUUGAGAGCUAAGGAGAAAAGGAUGCUUAAAGCAUGGAUUUAAUGCUCAAAGAAUUGUCAAGAGAAAGAUUGGAUCUAUGGAGGUCAAGAUUGGAGAAUUCAAGAGUCCAAGAUCCAAGGAAACCAAGUGAGGAAGGACGAAAACUGAGUCAAAGUGCAGAAAUCAAUCCUUCGAUGACAUCGAAGACACCUUUGAUGCCAUCAAAGAAAGUGUUGAUGCCAUCGAAGCCAUUUCGAUCCCAUCGCAAAAAUCAUGAAAAAUAUGAUUUUCUUGCUGGACAUAUUUGUGCACUUUUCGAUGCCAUCGAAGCCAAUUUCUAUCUCAUCGAAGGAGGUUCGAUGACAUCAAGAAAAUAUGCAAUUUUGAAAGUUCGUUGCCGGACAGUUUCCUGAUUUCACCCGGACUCUUCGAUGGGAGCUUGAUGCCAUCAAAGCUGCGAUAAUUGCGUAAAAUCAAGUCGGUUUUGAAGACAGUGCGAAUCAAGCCUGUAUAAAGGGAUGUUUUAGGAGUUUUUAAGUACGAAUUAGGGUAGAAGGGGUAGAGUAAGGAGUUGUGGUGUUUUAAGGAAUCCUCUAUCCACUUCAAUCCUUCGGUUCUAGUUAGUUUUAUGUUUUUCUAUUUGAGUUUUAGUUCAUUCAAGUCUAUGCUUGGCUAAUCUCUAAGCGAGAGCUAAGAGGUGAAGCUUGUAGUUCUUCUUAAUGUUUAUUUUACUUUGAUUUAAGUUAUUUGGCUUAUGUGUCGAACAAUUCAUAGAUAUUUGAUUUGAAUGAAGAAGUGUUUCUAGUUUACUUU